GGGACCCUUGUAAGAAUAUUUGAUACUUCAUCAGGGCAUUUAAUCCAGGAGCUACGAAGAGGAUCACAGGCAGCCAAUAUAUACUGUAUUAACUUCAAUCAGGAUGCUUCCCUAAUCUGCGUAUCCAGCGACCACGGCACAGUACAUAUUUUUGCUGCGGAAGACCCUAAAAGAAAUAAGCAGUCAAGUUUGGCCUCUGCCAGCUUCCUCCCCAAAUACUUCAGUUCCAAAUGGAGUUUUUCCAAGUUUCAGGUUCCCUCAGGCUCUCCGUGCAUUUGUGCCUUUGGAACAGAGCCAAAUGCUGUCAUAGCAAUAUGUGCAGAUGGCAGCUACUACAAGUUCUUAUUCAACCAAAAAGGGGAAUGCUCAAGGGAUGUCUAUGCUCAGUUUCUAGAAAUGACGGAUGACAAGCUUUGA